AUGAAUGGCGGCCACAUGGGUGCUAAGAAAUUCUGGCGCGAAUGUCUCCCCCGGUUGAAAUACCACAACCCGUCUAUUCCUAUGAUUGUCAACCGCCAUGGCCAAAACCAAACACCCCCGGCCAUGACCAUCUACCUCCGCACCACCGGCGAUGCCCCCUCGUCAGACUCGACCACUGCUAUUCCCGAACACCACAUGCAACCUGCCUCCUCACGUACCGGUCUCUCCAAGGCACAGCCGCCCAAUCCUGGCGAGCGCGUCGUCCGCAUAGAUAUGAAGGGCAAGCACUCGUCCGAUAUCCUCGAGUUCCUCGUCGCCGAAACUCGCGCCACGGUCCUGAAACCUGCCGCGGAGGAUAUUGCCGAGAUGCAGGCCCUCGAGGCAAUGAAGAAACAGGCCGUUAUCGAUGGCGAGCGGGUGCGACAGUUGAGGGCUGAGAGAAAGAAAGAAGAAGACAUGCUCAAGAGAGCCCGGGCGGCUGGAGGCGUGGCUGAGCAGGACGCGGCCUAG